UCGCGCUCCCGGGGCCGUGGGGGCGAGAACGCCGGCGGCGGUGGCGGCGGCGAGCGACGCCCCCGGGCAGCCGCAAACUUCCCGGCGGUGGCGUCCGCAGUCUGGCGAGGCAGACACCUGGCAACGUCAAAUCCCAUUUUCCCUUCCCCCUCCUACCCGAGCGAUGGAGGCUGCGGCCGCCGCCGCCGGAGCGUCCCGGGCGCCCGCCCCUGCCUAGCGGCGAGCUGGGGACCAACAGCGCCACGGGCGGGCGGGCGAGCGAGCGAGCGAGAGCGGAGGGGAGAGGGAGUCCUCGUCUGCAAAGUGCUGCUCCCUGGUGCUCAGAGGCCGCUGCUCCAGCUCCGGCUCCGGCUCCGGCUCCGGCUCCGACUCUCAUUCAUUUCGCCGGUUAACAUGAGAGAUCAUGGCCGCCUUCGGGCUCCUCAGCUAUGAGCAGAGACCGCUGAAGCGCCCGCGGCUCGGGCCGCCCGAUGUCUACCCGCAGGACCCCAAGCAGAAGGAGGAUGAGCUCACUGCCGUGAACGUGAAGCAGGGUUUCAACAAUCAGCCAGCCUUCACGGGAGACGAGCACGGCUCUGCCAGAAACAUUGUAAUCAACCCCUCAAAGAUCGGCGCCUAUUUCAGCAGCAUAUUGGCCGAGAAACUGAAGCUUAACACUUUCCAGGACACCGGCAAGAAGAAGCCCCAAGUGAAUGCCAAAGAUAACUAUUGGCUGGUCACUGCUCGGUCUCAGAGCGCCAUUCACAGUUGGUUCUCUGACCUAGCUGGAAAUAAGCCACUUGCUGUUUUGGCAAAAAAGGAGCUGCCCCUGGCCAAGUCAGGUGUCCCUCAGGUCCCCAUCCUUAGUAAAAAAGAGGACGUUUUUGCAUAUUUAGCUAAGUACUCUGUGCCAAUGGUUCGAGCAACGUGGCUGAUCAAGAUGACUUGUGCCUAUUACUCCGCUAUUUCUGAAGCUAAAAUUAAGAAACGCCAGGCUCCGGAUCCCAAUUUGGAGUGGACACAGAUAUCUACCAGGUACCUUAGAGAGCAGCUGGUCAAGAUCUCUGACUUUUACCACAUGGCCUCCAGUACAGGCGACGGUCCUGUCCCUGUGCCGCCCGAGGUUGAGCAAGCCAUGAAGCAGUGGGAGUACAAUGAGAAACUGGCGUUUCACAUGUUCCAGGAAGGGAUGUUGGAAAAGCAUGAGUAUUUGACAUGGAUCCUGGACGUCUUAGAGAAGAUCAGACCGGUGGACGACAAUCUUCUGAAGCUGCUCUUGCCUCUGAUGCUGCAGUAUUCAGAUGAGUUUGUUCAGUCAGCCUACCUGUCUCGUCGUCUCGCCUACUUUUGCGCCCGGCGUCUCUCCUUGCUCCUGAGUGAUAGCCCCAGCCUCCUUGCUGCCCACUCACCUCAUGUGAUAAUCGGAGCAAACAACACGAGUAUCGGGACCCCGAGUCCCGGCACCCCUGGCCCUGGUGUGAGCCCCAUGCAGCUGGCCUUCUCGGAUUUCCUUUCCUGUGCCCAGCACGGCCCCUUGGUCUACGGACUUAGUUGUAUGUUGCAGACUGUCACUCUGUGUUGCCCAAGUGCCUUGGUGUGGAAUUACUCCACAAGUGAAAACAAGAUUGCAAACCCGGGCUCUCCCCUGGACGUGCUGCAGGUGGCUCCUUCCAGUCUCCCCAUGCCGGGUGGGAACACGGCUUUCAAUCAGCAGGUCCGGACAAGGAUUUAUGAAAUAGAACAGCAAAUAAAGCAACGAGGCCGUGCUGUAGAAGUUCGGUGGUCUUUCGACAAGUGUCAGGAGUCGACAGCAGGGGUGACUAUUAGUCGGGUUUUGCACACUCUGGAAGUCUUGGAUCGUCAUUGUUUUGACCGAACUGAUUCCAGCAAUUCGAUGGAGACACUUUAUCAUAAAAUUUUCUGGGCAAACCAAAACAAAGAUAACCAAGAGGUCGCCCCCAACGAUGAGGCCGUGGUGACCUUGCUAUGCGAGUGGGCUGUGAGCUGCAAAAGAUCUGGCAAGCACCGGGCCAUGGCGGUGGCAAAGCUCUUGGAGAAGAGGCAGGCGGAGAUCGAGGCGGAGAGGUGCGGUGACUCAGAAGUCCUGGACGAGAAAGAGUCAAUCUCUUCAGCCUCCCUUGCUGGAUCUAGUUUGCCUGUUUUCCAGAAUGUUCUGCUAAGAUUUUUAGAUACACAGGCACCAUCACUGUCGGACCCAAACAGUGAAUGCGAGAAGGUGGAGUUCGUGAACUUGGUGCUGCUCUUCUGCGAGUUUAUCCGCCACGACGUCUUCUCCCACGAUGCGUACAUGUGCACCCUCAUCUCAAGAGGAGAUCUGUCAGCCACGGCCUCGGCUGGGCUGCGGUCACCAGUAGGGGAGAGCGCAGACGAACACUACCCCAAGGACCACGAUAUGAAGCUGGAGGAACACAGUAUUAUGGCGCACAUGGGCCUUGGCUCGGGAACCACUACCAUUUUUGAUGAAGCAGACAAGAGUGACUUUAAAAGUGACUUUGGUUCUGAGUUUCCAAUUUUCUCCCCCAUGCCUGGAGAGUCCUGUGAGGCUGCCCACCCUUCCCUGAGCAGAGGGAUGUCAGUCAAUGGCGAGAAGCUGCUGAAGAGGGAGAAGCCGAGGGAGCUCAUUUUCCCAUCGAACUAUGACCUCCUCCGCCACCUGCAGUACGCCACCCACUUCCCGAUACCUCUGGAUGAGUCUUCAAGUCAUGAAUGUAACCAGCGCACGAUCCUUCUCUACGGAGUCGGAAAAGAGCGUGAGGAAGCCAGGCAUCAGCUGAAGAAGAUUACCAAGGACAUCCUGAGGAUCCUGAACAAGAAGAGCAUCACGGAGCCAGGGGUUGGGGACGAAGGGCAGAAACCCAGGAAGAACAAGCAGGAAGCUUUUCCAACCCCGGAAACUGUGUUCACGAAGCUCCAGCUCCUCUCGUACUUCGAUCAGCAUCAAGUGACGUCUCAGAUCUCUAACAACGUGCUGGAGCAGAUUACCAGCUUUGCAUCGGGGACAUCCUAUCACCUCCCACUGGCCCACCACAUCCAACUCAUCUUUGAUCUCAUGGAGCCCGCGCUGAACAUCAAUGGACUGAUUGACUUUGCGAUACAGUUACUGAAUGAGCUCAGCGUGGUGGAGGCUGAGCUGCUCCUGAAGUCAUCUAGCCUGGCCGGAAGUUACACCACAGGACUGUGUGUCUGCAUCGUGGCUGUUCUCAGGCGGUAUCACAGUUGCCUGAUUCUGAACCCUGAUCAGACGGCCCAGGUGUUUGAAGGGUUGUGUGGUGUGGUGAAGCAUGUUGUCAAUCCCUCGGAGUGCUCCUCCCCGGAAAGAUGUAUCCUGGCCUACCUCUAUGACCUCUAUGUGUCAUGCAGCCACCUCAGAAGUAAAUUUGGAGACCUUUUCAGUAGUGCCUGUUCAAAAGUAAAGCAGACCAUAUAUAAUAACGUAAUGCCUGCAAAUUCCAACUUACGCUGGGAUCCAGACUUUAUGAUGGAUUUUAUUGAGAAUCCCUCAGCAAGAAGCGUCAACUACUCAAUGCUGGGCAAGAUCCUCAGUGACAAUGCUGCCAAUCGGUACAGCUUUGUCUGCAACACACUCAUGAAUGUGUGCAUGGGACACCAGGAUGCCGGCCGGAUAAAUGACAUAGCCAAUUUCUCCUCUGAGCUAACUGCUUGCUGCACAGUCCUGAGCUCAGAAUGGCUGGGGGUUCUGAAGGCCCUUUGUUGUUCUUCAAAUCAUGUGUGGGGAUUUAAUGACGUGCUCUGCACUGUGGAUGUGAGUGACCUUUCAUUCCAUGACUCAUUAGCUACUUUCAUUGCUAUCCUGAUAGCACGACAGUGUUUCUCCCUGGAGGACGUCGUGCAACAUGUCGCCCUUCCCUCUCUGCUAGCAGCGGCCUGUGGAGAUGCGGACGCAGAACCAGGGGCGAGAAUGACGUGCCGCCUCCUGCUCCACCUCUUCCGAGCUCCCCAGGCCUGCUUUUUCCCUCAAGCCACAGGCAAACCUUUUCCUGGAAUACGAUCAUCUUGUGAUAGACACCUCUUAGCCGCCGCUCACAACAGCAUAGAAGUGGGAGCAGUUUUUGCUGUCCUAAAGGCAAUUAUGAUGCUUGGAGAUGCCAAAAUUGGCAGUAACAAUGUCAACACGUUAAAGAACGAUGACUUCAGCAUGAGGGGCAUACGACGUGAUGGGAAUGCUGAAGAUGCCUGGGCCACCUCGCAGAAUUCAAAAUCCUAUGGGAAAAGCAUUUCCAUCGAAACCGCCAAUCUAAGGGAAUAUGCUAGAUAUGUACUGAGGACUAUCUGCCAACAGGAAUGGGUAGGAGAACAUUGCUUAAAAGAGCCAGAACGCUUAUGCACAGACAAAGAGCUGAUUUUGGACCCCGUGCUCUCAAACAUGCAAGCACAGAAACUACUGCAGCUGAUCUGUUACCCUCAUGGCAUUAAAGAGUGCACCGAGGGAGACAACCUCCAAAGACAGCACAUUAAGCGCAUCCUUCAGAAUCUUGAGCAGUGGACAUUGAGACAGUCGUGGCUGGAGCUUCAGUUAAUGAUCAAGCAGUGCUUGAAGGACCCAAGCUCUGGUUCUGUGGCUGAAAUGAACAACUUACUGGACAAUAUUGCAAAGGCAACAAUAGAAGUGUUCCAGCAGUCUGCAGACCUAAACAACAAUGCCCCCAAUUCCGGCAUAAGCCUCUUCAACCCAAACGGUAUUGGAAGCGCUGACACGAGCAGCACGAGACAGAACGGAAUAAAGACAUUUUUAAGUUCCUCUGAACGCAGGGGUGUGUGGCUGGUGGCCCCCCUCAUCGCCAGGCUGCCAACCUCGGUACAGGGAAGAGUGUUGAAAGCUGCUGGGGAGGAGCUGGAGAAGGGGCAGCACCUGGGCUCUUCCUCCAAGAAGGAAAGAGACAGGCAGAAACAGAAAAGUAUGUCUCUUUUGAGUCAGCAACCUUUCCUCUCCUUGGUCCUUACCUGCCUUAAGGGGCAAGAUGAACAACGGGAAGGCCUCCUCACAUCUCUGCAGAACCAAGUCAAUCAGAUCUUAAGCAACUGGAGGGAAGAAAGAUACCAAGAUGAUACGAAAGCUCGCCAGAUGAUGCACGAGGCCCUGCAGCUGCGACUAAAUCUGGUAGGAGGGAUGUUUGACACGGUCCAGAGGAGCACCCAGGGGACCACUGAUUGGGCUCUUCUACUCCUCCAGAUAAUUACUUCAGGAACUGUUGACAUGCACACUAACAAUGAAUUAUUCACAACAGUUCUUGACAUGCUGGGGGUUUUAAUCAAUGGGACACUGGCUUCUGACCUAUCAAAUGCUUCCCCCGGGGGAUCUGAAGAGAACAGACGCGCAUACAUGAAUUUGGUAAAGAAACUGAAAAAAGAACUAGGAGACAAGCGGUCAGAAAGCAUUGACAAAGUUCGACAGUUGUUACCUUUGCCAAAGCAGACAUGUGAUGUCAUCACUUGUGAACCCAUGGGUUCUCUGAUCGAUACAAAGGGAAACAAAAUUGCUGGAUUUGACUCCAUUGAUAAAAAACAGGGUCUCCAGGUCUCCACAAAGCAGAAGGUGUCCCCGUGGGACCUGUUUGAGGGCCAGAAGAACCCGGCCCCUCUGUCCUGGGCCUGGUUCGGCACGGUGCGCGUGGACAGGAAGGUGGUCAAGUACGAGGAGCAGCACCACUUCCUGCUCUACCACACGCACACCAUGCCCAAGCCCCGCAGCUACUAUCUGGAGCCGCUGCCCCUGCCCCCGGAGGAGGAGGAGGAAGAGCCCGCGUCUCCCGUGUCUCAAGAACCAGAGAGGAAGUCAGCAUCAGACCCCUCGGAUCCAGGCAGGGCCACCGCCACUGCCUCCGAGGAGGAGAAGAAGGCCAAGGGGAGGAAGAGGAAGACCAGAUCGAGCUCACGCAUGGAUGAGUAUCAGCAGAGCAACAUGUACCGGGUGCCUCCUAAUUACUCGCCCAUGUCCUCCCAAAUGAUGCAUCACCCGCAGCCUGCCCUGUGGGGUUAUAACCUGAUGAGCCAGCCACAGCAGCCCAGCUUUUUCCUUCAGAAUCCGACCCUGAAUCCAGGUGGCUCCAGAUUGGACCCCGCCGGCUCGUUUGUCCCAACCAAUACGAAGCAAGCGUUGUCCAACAUGCUGCAGAGGCGCUCAGGUGCCAUGCUGCAGCCGCCGUCCCUUCAUUCAAUCACAUCUCAGCAGCAACUGCUCCAGAUGAAACUUCUGCAACAGCAGCAGCAGCAGCAGCAGCGGCUUCUCAGACAGGCCCAGGCUCGACCUUUCCAGCAGGGCCAGCCAGGGGACCAGGCUGCUCUCUUCACUACGCAAGCACGGCCCUCCCCUCAGCUCCCUCAGUAUCCAGGGCUGCAACAAGCUCAGACCCUGCCCCAGGGUUACACCAUGUACGGAACGCAGCAGCAGCAGACACCUCUGCAACCACAGGCGGCUCCGCAGCAGCAGUCUGGCGGUGGCAUGGUCCUUUCCCCCAGCUACAGCUCCAGGGCCUACCCGGCUGCGCACUCCAGCCCGGCGCUGAUGGAAAGACUGAGACAGCUUCAGCAGCAGCCGAGCGGCUACGUGCAGCAGCAGGCGUCGCCGUACCUGCAGCCCCCCGUAGCCGGCUCCCAGAGACUGAACCACCAGGCUCUACAGCAGAGCGCUCUGGUGGGCGGGGGAAUUGAUGCUGUGCUGACUCCCGCACAUCCCAACCUCCCCUCGGUGCCCCUGCCUCAGGACCCAAUGAGGCCCAGACAGCCGCAAGUUCGACAGCAGCAGAGACUCCUCCAGAUGCAGCAGUCCCAGCAGGCCCCCCAGCCCCAGCAGCCCUCACAGCCCCAGAGUCAGACCCUUGGUCUCCAAGCAAUGCAGCCCCAGCAGCCUUUGUUCCCCAGGCAAGGCUUGCAGCAGACCCAGCAACAGCAGCAGACAGCCGCCCUGGUACGACAGCUCCAGAAGCAGCUUUCUAGUAACCAGCCACAGCAAGGAGUGACUCCCUGUGCGCAUCCCUCACACUUUUGAGUCUGAAAAAGAAGACGUGACGUUUAUGUUUGCACUGAAAGACAGAAAAUCAAAUCUAGUAGUUAUCAUACGA